ACCUCCUAGCCUAGGUUCCUACUCUUCUCUCUCUGGAUCGAGAAAGAGUGUUUAAAACUUGGAGCUCUCUUUAAGGGAGUAGUCGCCUUCGAAUCCUACCUUUGAUUUCGUUCCUUGGUAGCCUCACUGAGUUCGCUCGCCGCCGUUAGCCACCGAAGCUUUUGUCUCGGCUUGUCUUCGUCGGUGAAUUUUGGGAGAAAGUUGCUUCUCUCCGGUGCUAAAGUAAAGAACUUAUGAUUAGUUGAUUUCUCAGAGCGAAACAAUGGUUCUACAUGUUAGGUUGGAGUAUGAGCAAUGGAGUUGGGGAAGGUGGAAGAAGAAGUCAGAGCAGAGAAAAGAGAAAGCUUUUUCAAGGCAGUGAUUUCUCCUACGCCUUAGCGAGAACAGCUGUGGCUCAGAUUUGCGAGAGUGUAGAGUUUAAUAAUAAUAUGUAUCAGGAAUCACGCCAAGGCGUUAGGUUUACUUCUUUUCAAGAAUCUGCUCUUGAUACCCUUGCCGGCGUUGCUCUUCACUAUAUCCAUAGCAUUGGGAAGACUGCUCAGUUUUACGCUAACGUAGCAGGUAGGGUAGAGGGUAAUUCUCUUGACAUUGUUCAGGCAUUAGCCGAUUUGGGAUCUGCUUCUGGUGUUUCAGACACUGGCUCUUGUCUUGCUGAUUCCAUGUUAGUCAGGGAUAUUAUUCGUUAUACAGGGGAAGCGGAGAAGAUGCCGUUUGUUUAUGCUCUUCCCCGUUUCCCAAUUACUAAAGAGAAAAGACAUGCUCCUCCUAGUUUCUCUGAGGUCAGAGCAGAACCUCCAGAUGUACACAUCCCUGUUUGGCUUCCUUCAUUUCCCGAAACUAAUGUAGACACUAUCCAAGGAGGAGCUGUGAGUAAAGAAAAUGGUGGUAGGUCAGAAGUAUUUAAAUCUUCAAAGGAUGUUCGAAAUUCACCACAGGGAGAAGAAGAAAUGGAAGGUAAUCCGUUUCUUACCGCACCUCUUCGAUUCCUGGAGAACAGAGUCUCAAAUGAACUUGUUGACAUCAAUCACUUUCCUGAUAAGCAUAGCAGCAACAACCAUCACAUCCCGGUUCUUGAGGCAUCUGCUCUAUCGGAUGAUAUUAACUGGAAGAACAGGUUCUCUGAAUCCGAGGAUGGAGAGAAGAAAGGUGGUGCAAGACCACAACAAACUUUGUUGCGUUUCAAGAUUGGGACUCUGAAGAGACCUUCGUGUUUGGCAACAAAGCGGAGCGUUCAGGGACGGCGUUGGUUUAAAGAAGGUGAAGUCAAGAGGGAGAAGAAGUCAGAUAUAGAAGAAAAUCAUCAAAGAAUUGACUCAGAUGUUAAAUAGGUAUUAUGCCAUUUUAUAGAUUUGUAGACUGAAUAGCUUUGCAUCUUGAAUUUAGUGAACCUUUGCAAUUGUAUACGUUACUUUAUACUUUAUAGGGUAAGAGUUUUUUA